GCAAGAAACAAAGGAAGAAACAGGGCCAUACAAAGCGGUAGACGUCGCGGUCGUGCACCCGUACUAUAUGCGCACCACACGCGGGCUCGGCUCGCGCACGCGCGGCCUCCCACACCCACCCACACCGCAAGCCGCCGGUCUUCUCAGCUUCGUUCGUCCUCCACCGAUCGCCACGCCGCGCCGCCGUACGAUGGGCCUCCUCGCGCGCGCCGUGCUGCUGGCCGCAGCCGUCGCGCUGUGGUGCCAUGCCGCGUGCUCGGAGGCGGGCGGCGCCGACGUGCUCGACCGGGCGAAGCGGCCCGAGUUCGCGGCGUGGAUGACCGGCGUGAGGAGGGCCAUCCACGAGCGUCCCGAGCUGGCGUUCGAGGAGCAGGAGACGAGCAGGCUGGUGAGGAGGGAGCUGGACGCCAUGGGCGUGCGGUACGAGCACCCGGUCGCCGGCACCGGCGUCGUGGCGGCCGUGGGCACCGGGCGCCCGCCCUUCGUCGCGCUGCGCGCCGACAUGGACGCGCUCCCGCUCCAGGAGGAAGUGGAGUGGGAGCACCGGAGCAAGGUGGCCGGGAAGAUGCACGCCUGCGGCCACGACGCGCACACGGCGAUGCUGCUCGGCGCCGCCAGGAUCCUCCACGAGCACCGCGACGACCUGCAGGGGACGGUGAUCCUUCUUUUCCAGCCGGGGGAGGAGGUCGGCACCGGGGCCAAGAAGAUGGUGGAGGCUGGCGCCGUGAACAAUGUCGAGGCCAUCUUCGGGUUCCACGUGACCGUGAUUCUCCCUACCGGCGUGGUUGGGUCGAGGGCCGGGCCGCUGCUGGCCGGAUGCGGCUUCUUCGAAGCGGUGAUCACCGGCAAGGGCGGCCACGCCGCCAUCCCCCAGAGCAGCGUGGACCCCGUCGUGGCCGCCUCCAGCGUCGUCCUCGCCCUCCAGAACCUCGUCUCCCGGGAGGCCGAUCCCCUCGACUCCCAGGUCGUGACGGUGACGAGGUUCCGGGGAGGCGGCGCGUUCAACGUGAUCCCGGACUCCGUCACGAUCGGCGGCACUUUCCGGUGCUUCUCGAACGACGGGUUCAUGCGGCUGAAGCGGCGGAUCGAGGAGGUGAUCGUGGCGCAGUCGGCAGUGCACCGGUGCGCGGCGGCGGUGGACUUCCACGCGGGCGGGCGGCCCCUGCUGGCCCCGACCAUCAACAGCCCUGCGCUGCACGCGCACUUCGAGGCCGUCGCCACGGAGAUGGUCGGCGCCGCCGGCGUCCGGGGCGCCAUGGAGCCGUGCAUGGGGAGCGAGGACUUCGCCGCCUUCUCCGAGGCCGUGCCGGGCUCCCACUUCUACUUCGUCGGCAUACGGAGCGACGCGGCCGGGUCGGUGCACGACGCGCACUCGCCUCAUUUCCUCGUCGACGAAGGCGCGCUCCCGUACGGCGCCGCCAUGCACGCCAGCCUCGCCAUGACGUACCUGCAGCAGCGCCGGCACGGCGGCGCUCACGAUCGCGUGGGCUCGCACCAGGAGCUGUAGCUACGUACGCGAUGUUGCUGCUGGAUGCAGCAUGCGACGAGCUGCGAUGCGACCUCGGACGGGCGAGGGCUGCGCGCGCGCGCGCUCGGCGGCUCGAAGAAGCCAAGCUACUGCGGCGAUUAUCACCGUCGACUACUCUCGUCGGGAUUCUGUUGGGACGCAGAAAAGACGUGCUCCUAGCAACGCUGAGUGGUUGAUUUUGCUGUCCAACGCGCCCGAUUAAAAAACUGGUCAACUUCGUGGAUGCGAGAAAAAGAAGGGGAGAUGCCAUGCAUGAUGGGUCGCAUCACGGGACGGGAUCACACGUUCAUGUCGAUAAUCGUUUUCUUCCGAAACUUUGAAAUCCGUCGACAUUCUUUUUCUUGAUUA